UCAGGAUCAUUUGGUAUAUGCCGUCACCAUAUUUCAAGCCAAGAGCCAUCGAGGCACAAUGAGACCGACGAGCGUCGAUGGGGUAUCCGAGUCCUCAGUUUGUACCCGUCCAAGGUCAGAGUCACGAUCCCAUCCAGCAUCACCAACUGAACCGCUUAUUUUCCUCCACCCAUCCGAAGCCGUGAAAGGCCAGAAACCCGUCGAUCCCCGAUGUGAUGUGCGGGGUAGAAUGUGGCCCGCAGUGGUUCCGAGACGUCGAUAAUGCAGGAACUGGGCGCCUUUAGCCUUCGCACUGGCGUGGAUCCCCGGCGGCAUAACCUUAAAUGCUUUGCCGCCCGCGGAGAGCAGCAGUUUUGCCCAUCUUCCCUCGAAUAUCUUGAAUUACUCAACACUCAAAAUGCAUAUUAUCUGGCGCGAUUCCGCUGAACCAGCUGCCUAUGAAGAGGCGCGCGUAGGCCGAGUCUUCAACCAUCGACGUCCCCAAAGAUUCCCGUUGGCAGUCGUCAAAGCGACGAGCCAGAACGACAUCAUUGCAGCCGUGAAGCUAGCCGCAGAGAAGAAAUGUCGUGUCGCUGUGCGCUCUGGGGGUCAUUCAUGGGCGGCCUGGAGUGUACGCGACGACUCCAUCCUGAUCGACCUGGGAAACUACAAGCACCUGGAGGUGGAUGUCGAGAGUCAAAUCGCGAGAGCCACCCCAAGUCUGACGGGAAAGGAACUGAACGGUAAUCUGAUCAAAGAGUACGGCCUGAUGUUCCCUGGAGGUCAUUGCCCGGACGUGGGUCUAGGUGGCUUUCUACUGCAAGGGGGGAUGGGAUGGAAUUGUCGGAAUUGGGGCUGGGCCUGCGAAAGAGUCCAAGCGGUCGACGUGGUGACAGCCACGGGCGAGCUGCUCCACUGCAAUGCGACCCAAAAUCGGGAGCUCUACUGGGCCGCCAGGGGAGCUGGUCCUGGCUUCCCCGGCGUGGUAACGCAGUAUCACUUGGAGCUGAUCCCUCAUCCCAAGGACGGCUUCCGCUCAUCCGGAUAUGUGUACCCCAUCCGUCUCUACCGCCAGGCUUUUGAUUGGAUUCUAUCCAUCACCCCCGGCUUUGAUGAGGACACCGAGAUCGCCGUUGUGGCUUGCUAUCCAGAGGGGAUCGACGAACUUUGCUUGUUCAUUCUAUUUGUCACCAUGAAGUCCUCCUCAGAUGACGCUGAAAAAGCUUUGCGUCCAGCAGAAGAGAGUCGACCGGCCGGGGCGAUCCAGGAAUGGUUCUGCCAGGUGGACAGUCUGGAAAGUCAAUACGCGCAGCAAGCCAAGGCAAACCCGGAAGGACACCGAUACUGCGCCGAGAACGCCUACAUCCGCAAUGACGCCGACGUACCCGCCGUACUAGAAGAAGCGUUCACGACACUCCCAGACAAGAAGGCGUUUGCGCUCUGGUAUGCAAUGUACCCCUGCAGCCGUCGAAAGCUUCCCGAUAUGGCGCUGAGUAUGCAGUCGGACCAUUACUUCGCGCUGUACACUGUUUGGGAGGAGGAGAAGGAUGAUGCCAGGUGCCAGUCGUGGGUGGCUAAUAUUAUGAAGAAAGUGGAACGACACGGGGUAGGCUCCUAUCUAGGAGAUGCGGACUUUCAGGUGCGGAAGACGAGGUUCUGGGCGGAUCCCAAUGCCCGACGGCUGAUGGACAUCCGCCGCAAGUGGGAUCCCCAGGGACGUAUCUGUGGCUAUCUGGAUAAGGGGGACCAGUCCGGUACGAGGGGGCUCGACAACGCACACGACAUGAAGCUGUGAGCAAUCACCGUCUGUGGCUGGCUUAGUGUGUGCUUUCCAUUGGCUGGUUUGUCUAGCGAAUAAAUACUCUGCAGGCGGAUUUCUUGGUUUGGUCUUGCGAUAGAACUAUCUAGUCCUUAGUGUUAUGAUCGACUCGAGGCAAGGGAGCUGUUGUACACGAUUCGGAGAGUU